CGUGUCGUCCAAUCAGCGUAGAGCAGGUUUUGUUUCCGGGAGAGUUUGGUGAUGUGGCUCUGCUUGGAAAUCCAUCCGAGGAGAUCUAGCCGAUAAAGAGAGCGCCGAAAACCCACCGAGAAGCACUCAUACAGUGCCAUCCUUAUGUUCAGCCGCCUGGCUACAGUCCUCCAGGAGCUCUCUGGAGAGGAGGGUCAGGAUGGAGAGACACAGGAGAGUGAACUCGCACCUCAGCUUCCUGCCAACGCAGGCGAGGCUGCAGCAGCGUUGGAAGUACCUGAGGAAGUCAACGAGCAUCUGGCCCACCUGGAGCAGUUGGUGGUGCAACUGAAGGAGCUUAUCCGUGACAAGGACACUCAGCUGGCUGGGAAAGAUGAACUUCUCAAGAAUGAAAGGGAGAAGAGCGAGGCUCGCUUUAGUAAGCUCAAACUACAGGCCAAAGCCAAGAUAACCUCCCUCAGCAAGCAGAUUGAUGAUUUGAAGGGACAAGGAGGAGCAACUACGCCUGACGGCUCAUUUUCAAGCGAUGUGGCUGCGGAAGGCGAACUACAAGAGCUCCAAAGCAAGCUUCGUGAAGAUGAGGCCAAGACUAGCGAGCUACUAGCGCAACUCCGGGCCACUGAGAAACUGCUGGAAGAGAAGGACGCCGCCCAUGCCGAGCAGUUGAAGCACCUCCGGGCAGUGGUGCACGACAAGGAUGUGCGCUUCCAGGAGCAGAUUCAGAAGCAUGAAGAGGAGCUGCUGAGGGCCACUGCACAAUCAUCCAAUGAUGGCGAGCUGCAGCAGGCCCUCCACGUGUCCCAACGACGGUGUGAGGAGCUUGAGGAGGCCUUGAAAUCACGUUCACAAGUGCUGGAAAUGCUGCAGCAGGAAGUCACCAGUGCGGAUCAACAAAAACAGAUUCUGACUGCCGAGUUCCGGCAAAUGGAGGGCGAGCUGGCCGAAGCUGUCAAACAGAGGCAGGAGUGGGCUCAGCGGUUCAGCGAAGCUGAUGCGGCCCUUCAGAAAGCACUGGAGCGGGCAUGUGAGGAAGCAGCGAAGCACGAGAGGGAGCUUUCAUCGCUGAGCCACGCAGCCAGCGACAGCCUGGAGAAGGAGAGGACGGAAGUUGCCAGGCUGGAAAAAGAGUUGGCUUUGAUGAACGAGAGUGCCGUAGCGUGUCACGAUGCGUCAGAGAGAGACAAGUUGGAAAUAUUUCGCCUCGAAAAGGAGCUCGCAUCUAGCAGAGAAUUGGAGUCAGAAGUCAUCCAGGCCAGCCGCAGCCACCUGGAGGAGACCAAAUCUGAAGUUGCCAGGCUGGAGCAAGAGCUCGCUUCUCUUCAAGAGGGACAGGAAGAGUCCCGGAAGAAGAGCCACAUCUUGGCUGAGAUUUGGAGACAUUUACAACCUCUGACCCUCUGCGAUGUAGAGCCAUCGGAGGACACUAAGGUCCCAGAUGACCUUUGCCUUGUUCUGGACACCGUGCUGUCCAUUGAGACACAAAUGAACAGGCUCAAAGAUGAUCACAGGGAGAAUGAGGAACAUUGUCUUGAAGCCAAGCACACAAUGGAGGCUCUUCAAGAUCAACUGGACAGAAGUAUCAGCGAGAAGGAGGAUGCCAUGGCCAUGGUUAAGCAGCUGGAGCAGCAGAUCGAGCUGAUUUCUGAAAAGGAUUCAGAGGAGCCACGAGCAGAUGCGCCUUCUGAAGCUGACAGAGUGGCUCUCUCGGCACUUGAGCAACAGCUAUCGGAAAAAGAUAAUGAGCUUAGCGUCUUGCGACAACGUCUGCGAGUGGCUGAAGAGCAGAGCACCAGUGAUGUUGCAUCGUCUCACAUUGUUGAUCAAGCUCCAGACCAAACUGAAACUGAUGACGCAGGAAAUAAUUGCGCAAUGCCUCCUGACUGCCUGGAGGACACCCAAGAAGAUGAGACCACUUUGGUCGCUGAGGACACAUCCGUCCUCUCCCUUACCGCGGACACUGAAAGCAGCCCAGAGCUCAUCGAACAGCAGGAAUCCCCUGAAGAGUCAAAAGGGGCUUCCUCUGAUGAGAUGGUCACCAGCACAGAUUCCGAGGUGGCUCACAGCAGCUGGACCCUAUUAGAAGCCGUGAACCAGGAUGGACGUCAGGAAUGGCCGUCGAUCGUGCAGGACUUUGGCCAGCUACAAUCAUGGGAGACCGCGAGCAUGGAACAGGAAACCUCCACAACUUCAGUGACGUCCUCCUCCGUCGUGAUCCGAGAGACCGUUGCGGUUCACAUCAUGCAGGAGGGUGCCUCCCCAGAAAAUGUUUCCACGGGCCUGUUUGCUCAGGCCCUGGCGGAGGAGCUCCAAAAAAGGUACAGUGAACUUCUAGCUGAGCUAGAAACACUCAGAGAGGCGGCGGCAGUAUCACAUGAGAAGAUCAAGAGUCUAGAAGUAGAAACACAAAGGCUUACUGCUGAGAAAGAAGCAGCGGUCUCUCGGGCCGGCGACGUUGAAGAGGAGCUCAAGUCUGCCAGAGGCGAACUCCAAAAUCUCUCUCAGCAGAGCAGCUGCAUGGCGGAGAAGCACAGUGCUGAAAUCUGCCUUUUAGAAGAACAAAUCAACAUUCUGUCCAAUGACGGCAAAGACAAGGAGCAGAAGAUCCAGGCUCUCCACACUGAGUUGAAAAUGGCUCGCCAAGCCCUCUCUGAGCAGGACAACCAGGCCCUGAUGUUGAGCGCACAGUUAGAGGACAGAGAGCUCCUGUCCUCCGAGCUGCAGAGGAAGCUUCAGCAUCUGGAGAGCAACAUGUUGGAACGCUCGCAGAUGUCAGCUCUUGACAGCGAAUCUUUGUCCAAGAAGGAGUCGGAGAUCUGUGAGCUGCAGCUCCGCCUCAGCCAGAAAGAGCAACAGAUGACAGAGCUUGAUGAAAGGAUGUCUGCCAAACUCAGCCAGGUGGAAGAGGAGCGCGUCUUGCUCGACGGUGAAGUCAACAAACUGAAGGAGCAGCUGGUGGAGGUUCAGCAGUUACGAGAAGAGACUUCUUCUCCGGAGAUGGACGAGGAACUCGUGAGUUUACGCAGAUCCAAAGAGGAGUUUGAAACCCAGCUGGCAACCACAAAAAAGAAGUUGCAGGUUGUGCUCGUGCAACGGAAGGAGCUCACGAAGAAGGUUUCUGAUCUGGAGACGGCGUUGAAGAAGAAUGCAGAAAAAGAUGAAACGGCGGCACCCGAAACUUCUCCGGAGGUUGAAAAAUAUUCCGCGGAGGAGAUGCAGGCCAAAGUGGCAGAGCUGGAGCAAACAUUGAGGUCCAAAGACGAAGCAAUUGAGAACCUUCGAUGCAAGAUGAGCCAACAGGAGAAACUUUUGUCUGAAACACUUGCACCGAACAGAGAGCUGAGCAAAGACACCGAAACCCAACAGGCCAACAACACCUUGUUACGAUCCCAAGUGGCCUCCUUGGAAACGGAGUGCGAAACCCUGCAGAAGAAAGUCCUGGAGGCCCAAGAAUCUCGCAAGGAGAGCAUCCGCAAAGCCAAAGAGAAAGACAGGCACCAUCGGGAUCAGUUGAAGCAGCAGAAGGAAGAAUACACUGAGCUCAUGGGACGUUUUGAGCUGCAGAGUGGUGAGCGUGAGGUUCUUCUCACAAAAGUUCAGGAACUAGAAGAUAAAAUGAGCCCACAUGAAGAGGAGCGCAAGGACCUGGUGGCAAAGAUCGAGAAGACCUCAGCUGACGAUUGGGUCCAAGAAGACUGGGUGGAUUUUGCAGCGGUUGAGACUGAUUCGGUUCAACAUAAAUCUAGUGUUCAGGGAGGAGAGCAACUUGGCGAGCAGUCUGAGGUUCUCUCUGCUCAAACAGAGGAACCCUUGAAAGCUCUAAGGGAAGAGAUUAAGGCUAUGGAGAUGGCAAACUUGGCGCUUGAGAGCAAGCUUCGGGAAGCUCAGACCAGUUUGUCCCAGAAGGAGGCUGAACUGCAGGAUGUUAGCAAGGAGCUACAAGCCCUACGAGAAAAUGAAAGACGGAUUGAAGCACUCUCCGAUGAAAUUAAAGAUCUACGUGAAAAGUACAGACAAGCCGAGUCUUGUGCCGAAGCCUUGAAAGCAGAAAUGGAAGCCGCAUCCGUCGCUGCAUCUUCUCAGUCCGCCAGCUCCAUUGCUGCUCUUCAAGCCGAAGUGGAGGAUUUCAAACUGUUUCUGGACAAGAAGAACCUUGAGAUCACUGAGCUAAGCCAGCAGCUCCGUGAGCAAAACACACUCAUACUCUCAAUGCAGGACACGGUGGGCCACAAGGAUCAACUGAUAGCCUCCCUCGAGCAGGAGCUCAAGGUGGAACAGGAGAAAAGUAAGCAGUUGGAGGUUGAGGUUCCGCAGAGGCAGGAGGAGGAGGACAGCGAAGCCAAGCUACAGCAGCUUCAGCGUAAGCUUCAGGCGGCCCUCAUCUCUCGCAAGGAAGUGCUGAAAGAGAGCAAGACCCAGAAGGAACAGCUACGUGAGAGUGAGACGCUCGUAGUUGAACUGCAGCAAAAGAUGCAGACGGCACAAGAUGAGCUCCAGAAGGUCCGAGCGGAACGCACCAGACUGAUAGACGAGGUAGACCGCAUGUUGCUAGAAAACCAAAGUUUGGGCUCGUCCUGCGAGAGUCUCAAGCUGGCAAUGGACGCCAUAGCAAGCGAGAAAGACGCAUGUCGAAGAGAAGGUGAGCUGGCCAAAGAGGAGGCCGCUCGGAUGUGCAAGGAAUGGGAGGAGAAGGUCAACGGCAUGAAGGAUGAGUAUGAAACCCUGCUACGCUCCUAUGAAAACGUGAGCGACGAGGCGGAGCGCGUCAGGCGAGUCCUCGAGGCCGCCAGGCAGGAGAGGCAGGAGCUCGCAGCCAAGGUGAGGUCCAAUGAGGCCUCCAGGGAGGAAGCAGAAACACGGGCGGAAGAGGCUCGGAAAGAAGUCGAGGUGGUGAAAGACAAAAUGAGGAAGUUUGUUAAGGGCAAGCAGCAAAAGAUCCUGGAGUUGGAGGAGGAGAUGGAAAGACUUCGUGAGGGGCAGGAGAAAACACAAAUAAAAUCGGAGGGUGAUGCUCGAGCCACUGAGUUGAGCAGACUUCGGGAGGAACUGCAGACUUUGAAAGUUGAGUUGAACACUGCAGUGGCAGAAAGAGACGCUUUAACACGAGCGAUCGAACAGAUGAAGGAACGAUUUCAGCAUUUGGAAGAACAGGACCACGCUGCUCCUCUCGUCGGGGAGGUUCGGCACUCGGAUCCGGUUUUAACCGAGACAGAAAUGGUGGAGUCCCAAACAAACCCAGAGGAGAGUCCAGAUGACCACACAAGUUCAAUAUCUGCUGUAGUUAUUGGAUCAGAACCUACAAUGGAACAAGCUUUAUUUGAGGACAAAAUAAAGGAGAUGGAGGUUGCGCUUAUUUCAGAGAGGGAAAGCUGGCAGGAGAGGGAGGCUCAACUGAAGGCUGGACUGGCCUCUCUUGAACGGGAUCUCCAGGAGAGCAACGAAAAGGAGAGCCUUAUGGAAGAGUAUCUGCAAGAGAGCAAAGAGCGGGAAAAGUGUCUGAUCGAGGAGGGCACCAAACGGGAGGUCCAGUUCAAGGACCUCCUAAAAAAUCUGGAAAGUGAGAAGGACAACUUGGAGGAACGUCUGAUGGACCAGCUGGCCCAACUCAAUGGCAGCAUCGCCAGAUACCAGCAAGAGGCCGCUGACCACCACGAGAAACUUGCUGAACUUCAGCGGGACGCGGAGAGACUCGAGAAGGAGCGGGCCGAGCUUGAAGCCGAGGCCCGGGCGCAAACGGACCGAGCGGCUCGGCUGGAGGAGGACUUUAGGCAAGCCCAGAGGCAGAGGGCAGAAGCCGAAACGGAGAUGGGGAAGCAGAGGGAGCUGGAGCAGCAGCUGAGGUCUGCUCAGAGGGUCAAAGAAGGCAGUCAGAGCCGAGCGCGUCAGCUGGAGGAACUCCUGAGGGAGAAGCAGCUGGAGGUCCGUCAGCUCCAGAAGGACGGCAUCCAGUACCAAGAGAGGAUCAGCGAACUGGGAGUGGAAGCGAAGGCGCUGCAGCUAGGCCAUGAUGAGCUCGGCAAGAACCUUGCGCAGUCCCUAGAAGAGACGCGCAAGAACCUGCAGGAGCUGAAGAAAACCCAAGCAGAAUUGGCAAGCUGUAAAUCCAGCUUGAAUGAAGCUCGGGAGCAAUUAAGCCAAGUCACACUUGAGAAAACAACUUUGGAAAAGAACAUCCAUCAGAAGGAAGCUCUUUGGAAAGCCGAAGCGGAGCAAACGCUGGACUCGGUCAGAUUCAGAUUAGGAGCCGAACUGAAGGAGAUGGAGCUGAGACUGGAGGAGGCUUACCGCGAACGGGAGAAAGAAGAAGAAGCCACGCUGGAGGCCAGAGAAGCCGCUGAUGCGGCCGAGAGCCGCGCGCAGGAGAUGCAGGCCCGCCUUGACGAGUCUCUCGCCCGGCUCGCCGCCUUCUCGCGCUGCAUGUCGUCGCUGCAGGACGACCGAGACAGAGUUCUGGAUGAGGCCCGGCAAUGGGAGACGCGCUUUAACGAUGCACUACUUGCCAAGGAGGCUGAAAUUCGAGACACGGAAACCAGGGCCAAGGAGCUGGCGGAGAACCUUCAGAAAGAAUCUGCUCUCAAAGAGGAACUCCAGCUCAGACUGCACACGUUAGAAAAAGCUGACCAGGAGCGGCAGUUGAAACUGGAUGAGGCGGCGGAGAAACUCGAUGGGAGCCAAGCUGAGCUGGAGAGGGAGCACGCCGAGCUCCUGCAAACCACAGCCGAAUUGCAGUCGGCGCAGAGCGAAGUACGGCUGCUCAAGGGCGAGCUGGAAAGCCACAGCCAGAGGGUCCGUGCCCUCGAGGAGGCUGUGGGUCGGCUGCAGGAGGAUAUCGGCGAGGCCCGGGCGGAGCUGCGGGACAGGGAGGCGGACGAUCGACGUCUUUGCCUGACCUUGGAGCAGCUGGAGGCGGACCUGCACUCCUCCAAGGCAUUGACGGAGACCCUGCGGGUGGCGUUACAUGAUAAGGAGAAGAGGGAAGUGGAAAUGCUGGAUGAGAAGGAGCAAGCCGUUGCUCAGGCCGCGGACGAGGCACGCAAGGAGUCCGAGGGCAGGGCACGUGAGGCUGACGAGGAGCUGGAACGCAAACGAGCAGAACUGCGAGACCUCGAGGAGAAACUGCGAUUGGCCGAGGUGGAGAGCGACAGCCGGAGAGCCAAACUGGAUUCCUUCACGAAGGCCAUGGGCUCCUUGCAGGACGACCGAGACAGAGUGCUCGGCAUGUACAAGCAGCUGGAGGAGAAACACCUCCAGGUCAUGGUCGACAAGGAUGCUGUGAUCCAGGAGGCGGCAAGCGAGAGUAACAGUCUCAAGGAGGAUCUGCGCUCUCUGCUGGUCCAGAGGGACGACCUGUACGCCGAGAAGGCCAAACUGUCCGCUCAACUCCACGGCUACAGAGAUGAACUCAAGCAGGUUCUCAGCAUGAAGGACUCUCAACACAAACAGCUCCUCGCCGCCCAGCGGGAUCGCAUCACCUCCUUGGAGAAGGAGCGCGACGAUUUGGAGAGUGCGCUGAAGAAGGCCGGUGAGUCAGAAGCUGUCAAAGUGGAGCAGAUGAUGCCAUUGCAAGCCGUCAACGCCUCGGGGGCUGAGGUGGAGAAGCUGAGGGAGCAGUUGGAGAACGCCCGACAGAAAGUGCAGGCUGCGGAGGAGAACCUUCUGAAGGAGAGGGAGGCGCAUGAGAAAGAGACCAAAGAACUGUCCGAGCUGCGCUGGGAGGGAGGCCUGAUGCGCACAGAGUCCGAGAGUGCUCAAGAGAGAGUGGCCGAGCUGGCUCGAGACCUGCUGGCCGUCGAACAGAAGCUACUGGCGGAGAAGGAACUGGUGGUGCGACUGAAGGCGGAGAACCAGUCGUUCGGCAAGGCCAUGGCCUCGCUGCAAGACAGCAAGGACCAGGCGGAACGCAAAGCCUGCCGGCUCAGUCUCGAGCUGGACGAGGCCACCAAAGCCGGAACCGGAAGCCUCUCUCCAAGCAGCUCUGGAGAAGUGUGGAGCCUGAAGAAUGCCCUGCAAGCUCUCCAGAACGACCGCGAGAGACUGCUGGAGCAGCUUCAAGCACAGACGAUGGAGCUGAAGACCAACAAGUCACAGCUGGCUCGCCUGGGAGCGGGUGAACUGAUCAAAGUCAGCCAAGAGCUCUUUGAGGAGAAGAACAGGAAUGCACACUUGGCCGGCAUCAUCACGGAGAUGGAGGACAUGGCGGCAAGCGGCAAACGGGAAGUAGAAAUGCUCAGACUGGAACGCGUGGACUGGAUGGCCCAAGCCGAGCAACUGAAGCAGCAGACGCUCAGCACGCUGUCGGAGCGUGACCAGCAGCUGAGACAGCUCACCGCCAUGUUGGAGGAGGCGCAUGCGCACACGCCCAAAUACCAGAAGGAACAGUACCACACAGAGGCCUCACGGGAAGUGGACAGCGCUCCCGGUGCUCCUCAGGAGAGGAGCAGCCUGCAGGAGGGGCACGCCUCCCUGGCUGAGCUCUCGCAGCUGCAGCGGAGACUCGAUGAAGAGACGCAACAGAGGCUGGCAGCUGAGGAGCAGCUCUUGGAAGCGCAAGAUCGACUCAGGCGCCAAUCCAAAUGGGAGGAUCACUCUGAGACGGCCGUUUUCAUCGAGCCUCCCCCAGGCGGCGUCACGCGUACCCGUCGAGGAGCCACCCCGGGAUUGAUGCGGGCGCUACGCUCGGGCAUGUGCUGGCGCCGCCGCACGCCGCUUCUGCUGGCCGUCUACCUGCUCGGCGUACACGUUCUGCUGCUGCUGUGCUUGGGCGGCUUCCUGUGACAACUUCAAAGGGUUACCGCACACAAACAUUGCACUUUACGUACAAUAAACACACACAUUCACAGUCCUUUGCCAGUUUAUUAGGAGCCCUGAUCACAGCAAGAACUGCCAAUCCGGUGCGGGCUUGGUGUACCUAAUUAAUUGGCCGGGGUAUUUUGAAGGAUCUGCUGUUAGUUUUAAAGUUGAGGACAUGAAGGGAAAAUGUUAUGCGUGGAAAUGCAAAUAAUCGUAUACAUAUUUAUAUAUCCAAGAGGUUCAUGUUGUGCAGUUUGCCUUCUUCACACUUUGUUGUGAUCACAAAAAAAGGGUGGUACAACUACCAAUAAUUCCGUUCAACCUUCCCCCCCCCCCCAAAAGGGACUUUUCCAUAAUAUUCUCUGUCCACUAAUGUUGAUAAUGGGUUCCAAAGGAGAUGCGCUCCUUGUAGUAGCCAUCUCAUUCCAACAUAAACUGUUCUACUGUGAUUUAGCCUAAUUUAUUGUUAGUUGAAAUGGUUCACGCCUCUUUCUUUCCUGCUUGCAUCAUUCCUUUUGAGGUGUACACUGUACGUGACGGUUUUAAAGGGCUGCAGGGGAAACAUGUUUUUCUGUUACUUGGCUAAAAAAAGAUCCCAUUUUGCAAGGUUGGGUGUGAGGUAUCCUUGUUUUUGGUGACAUAUUCAAAAAUGUUGAAUAAAAAUAUAUUUUUAGUGGGAA